AUGGCCCCCAACCAGCGCAUCGUCCACUCCGGCUCUGGCCGCGCCCAGAAGGGCUUCGUCAGCACCGUCUACGAUGAGGCCACCAACCCCGAGAACAAGACCAUUGUCCGCAGCCUCCUGAUCUUCGGUGCCGGUGUUGCAUUCCUCCACAGCAGCCUCGGAGAGUUCCUCCUCCCUCCCAUGUAAAAUCUUUACGCCUUUUAUACCUCCGGUGGGACGACUCGGACCUCCCUUUUUCAAUCCUGUCGAAGCAUACGGCGUCGGUCAAAGGAAACACAUGAAUAGACAUUUCGCUCGGUGGUUUUCGAUUGGAUAAUUUGUACAAUAGUUUAUUGGAAGGGCAUGUAUCCUUUUGCAUGUUUU